UUUCAUCACCUUUCGUUCUUCUUCUUCUUCUUCUGCUGUCUCUCUCUCUCUCUCUCUUUCUCUCUCUGAUUUCAGAGAAUCCGAGGGAAACCCGAAAGGGGCUCGCGAUCAGGUAUCACUGCAGCCAUUUUCUAACCAUGGAGUUGUUAAAUUCCAUGCCUCUUUGUAAUCCUUAAACACUUGGUCAGCUGUGGAAUAUAAGUAUAUUCUCUGCGGUGGUUGUUGCUCCUUUGUACCAGUUGAGUUUUUAGUUCCGUCGCCGAGUCGGUGCUUGAAAUUCGCAUGCACAGCAUAUUCAGGUUGAGCCCGCGAAGGGAAAUUCGUAAUCUUUGCGUUGUCGAAUUCAUUUGAGAUGAGAAAGUGUAGGAAAAGAGAAGGAGAUAGCUGGGUCAGUUGAGGAAAUAGUAUUUGGUGGGGUUAAGUGAUCAAAGGGGAGUUAUUUGGAAAUGGCGUGCCGAGGGUUUUUGGGAUGCAUACUGAAGCUCUUGAACUUCUUGUUGACACUUGCUGGUCUGGCGAUGGUGGGCUAUGGGAUCUACUUGUUUGUCGAGUACAAAAGAUCAUCCAGCGGCACUGUCGGUUACUCGCCCAUCGGCGCUGAAGAGGGGUUGGUACAGCUUGGCCGUCCCUUGCUCGUGACGGUCUCUCUCUCGGCCAGUAUUUUAGAUAGUCUGCCCAAAGCUUGGUUCAUAUUCUUGUUUAUCGGUGUUGGAGUGGUCCUCGUCAUCAUAUCUUGCUUUGGAUGUAUCGGUACUGUAACUAGGAAUGGUUGCUGUUUGACUUGUUACUCAGUCUUGGUAAUUUUGUUGAUCUUGGUGGAGCUGGGGUGUGCUGCGUUUAUAUACUUCGACAAAAGCUGGGAAGAUGAUGUGCCUACUGAUAAAACUGGGGACUUUGACAUGAUAUAUGACUUUCUGAAAGAGCACUGGACCAUAGUCAGAUGGGUGGCUCUUGGAGUGGUGCUAUUGGAGGCAUUGGUCUUCUUGUUGACUCUGAUUGUUAGGGCAGCAAACAGACCUGCUGAGUAUGACAGUGAUGAUGAAUAUGUUGCCUCACGACAACAGACCCGGCAGCCAUUGCUGAGCCGGCCACUGCCACCGCCACAGCCAGGUGCAGGCGUUCCAGUGGCCGGUGCCCUGGAUCAGCGGCCAAGCAGAACUGAUGCUUGGAGUACUCGAAUGAGGGAAAAGUAUGGGCUUGAUACUGCUGAGUUCACAUACAAUCCAACCGAGUCGAACAGAUACCAGCAAGUGCCGACGCAGCCAACGGAAGAAAGGAGCCGCUGCUCUAUCAUGUGACAAUGGAUGUGCAGCAGCCUUUUCUCCCUUUCUGUUUAUUCCCACUCCUCCUGUCUCUUCCCAUUUGGUCAUGCAUAACCAUUUGUUGCUUGUAGGAUAUGUACUCCAAAAACAGUUUUCUUGCGGUGGACUUGGCAACUUUCAUAAAGCUGGAUCAAAUUUGUGUACUUGAA